GAAGUAAGUUUAGAUAGUUUUAUUUUUACAAGAAAAGUAUUGUUUAUAAAUAUAAAUAUCGAGAUUUCUUAAAGACAAUUCGAUAAAAUCGUAUUUCAAUCGUUUACCUGCUCGAUAGAUGUGUUCUAACCAAUACACCCAAUCGAUCGACACAAAUCGAUCGAAUUUAAUAAAACGAAACAUGGCUUCUAGACAAAAAUUAUUCAUAAAAUCGUCCUUGGUACGAUCAAUGGCUUAAAAUGUAUUAUCGUAUUAUUUUUUUAUCCUAUAUUGGUAAGUAUUUGAUAUAAAAUUAUGUUUAUUGUCAUCUUAACCACAAUAACCGAUCCAUUCAUGUUUCAGUCAUGCUGAUGAUCGGUAAGCUCGACUGUGAACGAGUUCAAAAAUCUACACUCGAAUCGGUAACAUUAAUAUUAAGAAAUGAAAAUGUUUUUAUAAUACAAUUGUUUAUUUAUAUUUCAUGAAAAUUGUAUGCGCAAGAAUCAUAGGGAAAUUCGAUUAGCUGAAAAUGGUCCAUCUUGUCAUUCGAAAAAUUCGAAAAAAACUCUCGAAAAAGCUAGCAACAUUGCUCAAAAAGCUGCUGAGGAAGCUAAAGCUGCAUCAGAAGCUCAGAAUAUUGCUGGUCAGCAAGCAGCACAUCAAGUGAAAGCACAAUUGGCAGAGAAAGCGUUGCAAGCUGCGAGAGCUGCUGAAGCAGUAUUGUCAGGAAAAGCAGCGAUGGUUCAACAAUUGCAAGAAGAAGUUAAAGAAUCUCAAACUGUCGUUCAAGAAGAAAUGGCGUCCUUGCAACAAGCAAAAUCUAACGUUAAUGCUGCAGUUGAAGCUGCUAGAGAAUCACAAGAACAGCUGAAGACGCUGACACACGCGAUGCAAACGGCUAAGAGAAAUGCAGCUAAUUCCAAAUUGGCGGCAGACGGUGCACAGAAGUCUUUACACGAGAAGGAAGAAUUACUCGAGGCAGCUAAGAGACGUCUCGAAGAACUGAACAGCGAAUUACGUGCUGCCAAACAAGAUUUAAUAAAUACGAAUCGUGCUGCAGCUAAAGCAAACGAGGCUGCACACGAAGCCAAAGCCAAUGCAAGUCGCAACAAAAGAAAAUCCUUGUUACAUAAUGAUAGGUUAGAGGGAAGUCUAAAAAAUGCAAAUGAAAUCGUCGACAUUGCUCAAAAAGCUGCAGUGGAUGCCAAAGCUGCUCAAGAUGCUCAAAAUGUUGCAGGUGCGCAAGCAUCUCGUCAAGUGAAAAAUCAACUGGCAGGAAAAGCAAUACAGGCAGCAAAAGCAGCAGAAGCAGCACUUGCAGCAAAAGAAGCAAUGGUAGAACAACUCGAACGAGAGACAAAGGAGGCAGAGACUGUAGUUCAGGAAGAAAGUUCUUCGUUACAACGUAAUCAAGAAAAUGCGAAUAUUGCAAUUCAAGCAGCACGACAGGCUCAAGAACAGGUCAGAACAUUGACCCAAGCAAUACAAAUAGCAAACCUAAAUUUGGGAAAUGCACGAACAACAGCUGAAGGUGCUCAAAGAGAAUUCGAAGAAAAACAAGAUCUUCUCGAGGCAUCAAAAAAAAGGGUUGAAGAUCUAAUAAAACGUUUUGAUUCAGCUAAGAUCGAACUGGCAAACACAAAGCGUGCUGCUGACAAGGCUACCGAAGCUGCACGUCAGGCCAAGGUCAACACAGAUCGCAACAGACGUAAAAAGAACUUUUAUCAAGAUUGAACUGAAGUGAAGUCGGAGUUGUUUUUUGUUUUUUUUUUCAUCUUCUUUCCUCUCUUUUUUUUAUAAAUUACAAUUAGAAUAAUUUAUGUUCAUGAAGAAAUAGUAUGCACUUUAUUUCAUCUUCUGCAAAUAGACGUCAAUGCAAUGUUGUUUCG